UGAUUCAAUGUAAUGACAGCUGGUUGCAACACAUUGAAUGACGUGCGCCUGUACUGCCCGUGUAGUGUAGACCGUUCAUAGCAAUAAUCGAUUUUUCAAUACGCAACGAAAUCAUCCGAAUACGUCCGAUUACUGUGUACGUUACGUUGCGCUAACCUACGAUUUUAACUUGCGCGAGACAUUUCAAGAACGGUCUAUCACGUCCGCCCCACUGGGUUCAUUAUUUAAAACAUGUAAAAUGUGCAGUUGAUGGUUACGGUAGAGUAAUAUUCAGUGCUCGUGUGCUGAAACGAGAAGAAAAAUCCGCUGAUUGAUUGGAGAUUAGUGCGUUAAUAGAAUCAGCAAUACCAUGUCAGAGUUGCGGAAGAGAACCGUGGGGGAAACGUCAGGCAUUAGUGGUGAUAUCAGCGAGGAUCAGAGAGAGGACGUUGAAUCCGAAGACGAUGGAAAGCUGGAAGUCGAUGAAUUGGCUAAAACUCUCCCUCAAGGCACGGAUCACACCCCGAGUAUUCUUGGAAAUGUGCUUUCUGGCUUGCCCGAACGCUGGAAAAAUUGGGUCAUCCGGGGUAUUUUCACGUGGCUAAUGAUCGGAGGGUUUGGUCUUAUUAUUUAUGGAGGGCCUUUGGCACUGAUGGUCACAACUUUAGUCGUACAAGUGAAAUGUUUUGAGGAAAUUAUUAACAUCGGAUAUGCCGUCUACAGGAUCCACGGAUUACCCUGGUUCAGGUCACUAUCCUGGUAUUUCCUCAUAACUUCAAAUUAUUUCUUUUAUGGAGAGAAUCUAAUGGAUUAUUUUGCUGUGGUCAUCAAUAGGACAGACCUUUUGAGGGUGUUGGUGACCUAUCAUCGAUUUAUCUCGUUUUGCUUGUACAUUGUGGGAUUCGUUUGGUUCGUUUUAUCACUGGUAAAGAAGUAUUAUAUGAAACAAUUCUCUCUCUUCGCGUGGACCCAUGUGGCGCUCUUGAUUGUUGUCACACAGAGUUAUUUGAUCAUACAAAAUAUAUUUGAAGGACUAAUAUGGUUCAUUGUUCCAGUAAGCAUGAUUGUGAUAAAUGAUGUCAUGGCGUACGUCUUCGGGUUCUUCUUUGGGAGAACGCCUUUGAUAAAACUAUCGCCCAAAAAGACGUGGGAAGGUUUCAUUGGCGGGGGUAUCUCAACUGUCGUACUUGGAUUAUUGAUGUCGUACGUACUGUGCCAAUAUCGCUACUUUGUCUGCCCCAUUGAGUACAGUGAAACUUUGGGAAGAAUGACGAUGGACUGUGAACCUUCUAGUCUUUAUCGACCACAGGAAUAUCCUAUUCACAGUAGUUUACAGAUAAUAACUAAAGUGUUUGGAAAGAAAACAGUUACUGUUUAUCCAUUCUUGCUCCAUUCUCUAUCCAUGUCCGUAUUCAGCUCUGUAAUUGGGCCAUUUGGAGGAUUCUUCGCCAGCGGAUUCAAACGUGCUUUCAAAAUUAAGGAUUUUGGAGAUGUCAUUCCCGGUCACGGUGGCAUAAUGGAUAGAUUCGACUGUCAGUACCUGAUGGCAACAUUUGUCAAUGUAUACAUUUCAUCAUUCAUUCACACAGCAUCGCCCCAAAAAUUAUUACAAGCGGUUUAUAGUCUGAAACCUGAACAGCAACUACAAUUGUUCACAGCGCUUCGUGAUUCGCUGGAGAACAGAGGUCUCUUUAAUUUAACAGCACCCUAAGUGCCAAUUUUUUCUGUCCGGUGGAAGAUUCAAAAAGAUCUGGGAUUAAUUGACUUAUCUCUUUUAUUUGGUAAUGACUAAAGAGAUGAGCCUUCUAUUUUUCUGAUUAUUCCUAUCGUCGAACGACGAACAAAUCAUUCCAUAGUUGAACCGCAGUGAUGAAUUAUUUUCAUAAUUCUGGAAGACUACAUUUAUUCUCCCCAACUCCCCAAUUAGGUGAUACGUUUUCGUCUCUGUUCAGUAUCAUUGUUGACCGUUAGUAUAUUUUUGCAUGUAAAUAGUUCAUGAAUCUCGAUGUAUUGUGAAUUGUUAGAAAUCCUUAUCAUCAGUCAUCGACGGUUUUGUCUGACUGUCACCGCAUGGCCGUCUUUCAAUACUUGAAUGAGAUGAUCAGGUGCACAGUGGAAAUACUUAGAUUUGACCAAAGAUAAACUCAUGCAGCAUUCCCCCCCUCUUUUCUAAUUUUCACUAAUGACCAAAUCAUCUCUUCGAUUAUGUUAUUCCGAUCCUCCCAUUCACAUCACAAAAUGACUAAUUGAAAUUGAUAAGAAAAAUAUUGCCACGAAACUUACUUACUUUACUUAGUUAUUUCUUUAAGCCAAUCUCCCUUUUUCAAAUUAUUUUGUCGAGUAUGUAGGAAAUAAAUGUACCUAUAUUGCCCAUUUGUGGAAAAUAACGAAUGAGUCAAUGCAAAUUAGAUAUAAAUGUGGUCCAGCACUGCUAGUAAUAGCCUCAAGAAAUGGAUAAAGAUAUCGCACUCGUGCAUAAGUAAAUUGUGUCACAACCGGAAUGGGCAUCUGGGAGAGUGUACAAUAUUCAACAUCUCUAAAAUAUCCAUUCCAUUUUGUGGAGAUAGCUCUAGUCAUUUUUCGAUAUGCAUAUUCCAUGAAUGGCUCAAUUUAUUAAUCGACGAAUGCAAUAUCAUUGUGAAUAAAUUAAAUAAAAAACUGGAAAUAGGAGACAGCCUUGCGUGUUUUCAGUGUCAAAUGUAUACCAAUGUACAAUGAAGAGAAGAAUGGAUUGUUAAACAGGACCAUUGAAUUAUAGUAAUUCUCGUUUUUCAUUUGCGGAAAGGAGACGAGUCAUGAGACUCUUCAUUUUAUUAUCCAAAUAUCAUUGGACGAAUGCUGCAGAAAAAAAUCUAGCAAAAGACUAUUUUUCGUAGAAACGUAUAUGAGCUAUAGAAAAAUCGUUUAUGAUUAUUGAAAAUCUUUUAAUUUCGAAUAGGUUGACUUAAUCUCGUGCAAGAACUUUUAGUAUUUAUUCUUUUCUCCUACAGUGCCACAGAAGUCAGAGAAGCACUGCUGAUAAAAUCGUAAAUUGAUCUAUUUCUUCCUUGUAUGUUACUUCAAUCGUUUUUUAUAGUUCACUUUACCGAAGAGCUUCGAGAGUAUGGCUUUUAGCCGAAAAAUUCUAUUGACUGUGAAUUCAACAAUACGAUUUUGACCAAUUCACUGAAAUCAUGGUUUCGCAAAGUAUCUUAUGGCGUACCUAAACCAUAAUAUUCUACAUUACAUUUUUUGUUAAUUUUUUUAUAUCGUUGGACAAAAUUAGUUUAUUUUAUGCUGUCGUUGAUGUUUCUGUUUGUAAUUACCAAAACGAAAAUGCUUGCAACAAUUAAUGUGUCUGUUCAAGUUUUUUCAUUAUAGAAGACUUUAGAGUAUAAAUGAAAGGAUUAAAGGGGAAGAAAUGCUGUAUGGCUGAAUGUUGAUGGGAAUUAUCCUAAGGUUUAAAGUACCUUAACAUAGUAUAUAUACUCUAUAUAUUUAUGUAGGAGCAGGGAGAGAGAGAAUAAAACCGUUACAAUGUAAAACAAGUAA